AGAAGCUCGAGCAAGAGAAGAGAUUAUCUAUGAUGAGGGUCCUCUUUAUGUUUUUGCCAAAAAUGAAGAAAGUCGGAAACAGUGGAUUCGCAAAUUGAAGAAUGUGGUCAGAUUUAACAAAGACCUAGCUCAGAAAUAUCAUCCAUGGUUCUGGGUGGAUGGCAAGUGGCUUUGUUGUCAGCAAGAAAGUAAACAGGCAAUGGGUUGCCGUAAAAUUGAACCAAAGAACUCAGCAUUCACACAUUCACGCCGGAUAUCAAGAAAGCCUCUGCCUCCAACCCCACUAGAAAGAGAGGAAAAAAUUCUGAGACCCUUACCACCAGAGCCAACAUCUCAAGUAUUGCCCCCUGCCACAGAGGAAUCAGUAAUAGCCAUUUAUGACUACAGCUCCAACUCUGCACUUGACUUGCAACUUAUCAAAGGGGAUCAAUAUACGGUAUUAGAAAAGCCUGAUGCAAACUGGUGGAAAGCAAGAAACAAAUAUGGGCAGGAAGGGUUUAUUCCAAGCAAUUAUGUGACUGAGGCUGGAAAUGAAUUUGAUGGCUAUGACUGGUACUGUAAAGGGAUGUCAAGAAAUCAAGCUGAGAGCCUUCUAAAAAAAGAGAAUAAAGAUGGGGGAUUUUUAGUUCGGGAAUCCAGUAAACCAGGGAAAUUCACAGUUUCAUUGUACACUAAAGUUACUGGGGAGCCUGGAACCUGCAGGCAUUACAACAUUUGCACCGCACCACAAGGCCAAUUUUAUCUAGCAGAGAAACACUUUUUUGAGAGCAUUCCAGAGCUUAUCAACUAUCACCAGCAUAAUUCUGCAGGGCUGGUAAGCCGUCUGAAGUACAUUGUGUCCAAUAAAAAUCUCAGAGCACCAGCUAGACUAGGAUAUGGUGAAUGGGAGAUUGAUCCCCGCCAACUCACGUUUUUAAAGGAACUUGGCAAUGGGCAGUUUGGAGUGGUGAAGUAUGGGAAAUGGCAGGGUGUAAAUGAUGUUGCCAUUAAAAUGAUCAAGGAAGGAUCGAUGUCUGAGGAUGAUUUCAUUGAAGAAGCUAAAGUAAUGAUGAAACUCCAGCAUACAAAUUUGGUCCAGCUUUAUGGAGUCUGCACAAAGCAAAGGCCAAUCUUUAUUGUGACUGAAUUCUUAGUAAAUGGCUGUCUGUUGAACUAUCUACAGGAAAUGAUGAAGCCUGUUAAUUUAGUAUAUCUUCUGGAAAUGUGCAGAGACAUUAGCAGUGGUAUGGAAUAUCUGGAGUCCCAAAAGUUUAUUCAUCGAGACCUGGCCGCAAGAAACUGUUUGGUUGAUGACUGUGGAACUGUAAAAGUGACUGAUUUUGGUUUGUCAAGGUAUGUCUUGGAUGAUGAAUACACAAGCUCUGCUGGUAGCAAGUUUCCUGUACGUUGGUCACCACCUGAAGUUCUACUUUACUGCAAAUUCAGCAGUAAAUCAGAUGUUUGGGCUUUUGGUGUUCUAAUGUGGGAGGUUUACACUCUGGGGAAGAUGCCGUAUGAGCGUUUUAACAACAAUGAAAUUGUUGAAAAAGUCACUGCUGGAUUACGUCUCUACCGUCCCCAGAAUGCAAAUGAGACUAUCUAUACCCUGAUGAAGAACUGCUGGCAUGAGAAACCUGAGGAACGUCCAUCUUUUCAUGAAAUUCACUCUAACAUCAACGAUUUGUUAUAUGAACUUCAAGAGGACUAAGUUCUCUCUACACUUUAAGCAGAAUGAUCUACUUUGUAUAGUGAGACCAAACAAUUAAAAUGUGAAUAAACCAUUGUGUAGAAAGCUA